AUGUUCAACAGAAACUGGGACUAUCCGGUUCUGGUGUGGCAUGAUCAUGGGUUUGUUCUUGAUUCCCCCGAUUCCGAUAGUCGCGGUGUCUACGAUAGGUUGAAGGAAAUACUGCAGAAGACUCCAAAUCGGGUAUGGACUUAUGUGAUGGAAAAGUCGAAAACAGUG